CGCUGGUCAGCAGCGGGAGGUGUGUGAGCCUCGCACUGACCGUAGAGCCUCGGGCGCAAUCGCCAGGGAGCUAGGACUCGGCGACUGGGCUGCCGGGCCACCCGGCCUAGGCUCCAGAGGCGCAAACUGAUGGGACUAGCUCGCUCGGCAGUGUCUCCGCGCUCUUCUAAGUACACUGAGCGGGCCCCGCGCUGAAGUCGAAGCUGUCGGGGGGCGCGCAGCCCGGAGUCCCAGUGUGGCCUGGAAGAACGGAGCCCGUGCUAGGGCGGCCCGGUCGGGAGCCCCCAGGCCGAGCUCGUGUGGUGGGGAGACUCCCACUUCUUCCCAGGGGUGCCGAUCCCGGGGCGGUCGAGGCGUCCGGGCGGCCACCGAGUCCCCAGCGGUGAGACCCCGUCGGGGAGAGGUCGCACAGUCCCAAACAGUCUCGGGGAGCCGAGCGGAAUCGGACGGGAUCACCCGGGGGCGCAGAGCCCCCGUCGUGCUUCGUGCGGCGGAGAGGCCAGUGGAGCGAGCCCUCGGAGGCCACAGCUCAUGCUCGGGUUGGGGGCGGCUGCCCAGUGAGUCCUCCUGGCCGGCGGGGCGGAGAAGAGCGACACCGAAGCCGGCGGGAGGGGAGCACUUCAAGGCCGGCGGCUGCGGAGGAUGGGCGCCUGAGCUUCUCGGAGCGCAGCGCGGCACGGGAAGGCGAGGCCAGCUUUGCUGAGGAGGCGCCAGGGCAUCCCGAAGUGCAGCCUGCCCCAGGGAAGAUGGCCCGGCCUGGCCAGCGUUGGCUCGGCAAGUGGCUUGUGGCGAUGGUCGUGUUGGCGCUGUGCCGGCUCGCCACCCCGCUGGCCAAGAAUCUAGAGCCCGUGUCCUGGAGCUCCCUCAACCCCAAGUUCCUCAGUGGGAAGGGCCUGGUGAUCUACCCGAAGAUUGGAGACAAGCUGGACAUCAUCUGCCCCCGAGCAGAAGCUGGGCGGCCCUAUGAGUACUACAAGCUGUACCUGGUGCGGCCUGAGCAGGCAGCUGCCUGCAGCACCGUGCUCGACCCCAACGUGCUGGUCACCUGCAAUAGGCCAGAGCAGGAAAUCCGUUUCACCAUCAAGUUCCAGGAGUUCAGCCCCAACUACAUGGGCCUGGAGUUCAAGAAGCACCACGAUUACUAUAUUACCUCUACAUCCAAUGGGAGCCUGGAGGGACUGGAGAACCGGGAGGGAGGUGUGUGCCGCACACGCACCAUGAAGAUCGUCAUGAAGGUUGGGCAAGACCCCAAUGCUGUGACGCCCGAGCAGCUGACUACCAGCCGGCCCAGCAAGGAGGCAGGCAACACUAUCAAGAUGGCUACACAGGCCCCCGGUGGUCGGGGCUCCCUGGGUGACUCUGACGGCAAGCACGAGACUGUGAACCAGGAUGAGAAAAGUGGCUCCGGUGGGAGUGGAGGCAGCAGCGGGGACCCCGACAGCUUCUUCAACUCCAAGGUGGCGUUGUUUGCGGCCGUGGGCGCCGGCUGCGUCAUCUUCCUGCUCAUCAUCAUCUUUCUGACCGUCCUGCUGCUGAAGCUGCGCAAGCGGCACCGCAAGCACACGCAACAGCGGGCGCCUGCCCUCUCGCUCAGCACCCUGGCCAGUCCUAAGGGGGGCAGUGGCACGGCGGGCACCGAGCCCAGCGACAUCAUCAUCCCCUUACGGACUACAGAGAACAACUACUGCCCCCACUAUGAGAAGGUGAGUGGGGACUACGGGCACCCUGUCUACAUCGUCCAGGAGAUGCCGCCCCAGAGCCCCGCGAACAUCUACUACAAGGUCUGAGGGCCCUGGCAGCCUCGGCCCCGAGGGACAGUCGGCCGGGACUGCACCUCUCCAUCCUCACCCACGUCCCUCCCCUUGCCAGCUGUGCCCAUCUUUGUAUUUAGUUUUGUAGUUUCUUGGCUUUUAUAAUCCCCCUUUUGCCCCGCCCCCUGGGCUUCAGAGGGGGGUGCUUGUGCCCCCAGCCCCCAUGCUCUUGUGCCUUCCCCCUCUGGCCAGGCCUUUGGGCUCUGCGGGGGCACCCCUUCUUGGAGGGCAGGGUCGGACGCUGAUGGACAGCAGGCAGGGAGACGCCCCCCCUGGCCCUGUGCCCCCUCGCCCCCUUUCUCCCUUCCCAGGACUUCUUGUCCGCUAUCAUCACUGUUUUUAAUGUUUCUGUGUUCAUUUUUUUCGCUGUCAACUCAUUUUCAUCUGUUCUCUUUUUUUUUUUUUUUAAGAAAAAUGGAAAAAUGGAAAAGACAGCCCCUCCCCAGGUUUUCUGAGCCCAGCCUUCCGCAGUAUCAGGGGCCUGGGGCAGGAUGUGGCCAGCCGGGAAGCAUAGGAUGGCAUUUCUUUUAUAAACUUGUUGGCGUAUUUUUUGUGGGGAGGGGACAGGCCAGGGCUGUUCUUGCCCACGAGGGAAGACAAGAGUGCCAUUGGGCAAGGUGUCUCACCCUCCCCCACUGACUCUCCUUCUGCAGUGCUGAUCUUGGCAAUGGGGUAGUGGCUGCCACCCUUCCACCAAAAAAAAAAAAAAAAAAAAAAAAAAAAAAA